AUGACGAGCCCUCAGGAUAGCGCCACGGCUCCCGGUGUUGCUGGUUCUGGUGCUGGUUCUGGUUCUGGUUCUGAGAAGGGCCAGCAGCCGCCCGACGAGGCCCAUGACGCGCUGGAUUGGCGCGGCUCGAACAAUCACUCGGACGAAGAGACCCCUCCAGAUGUGAAGAGCCCGGGUUCGGACACUGUACAGCCGAAGGCGCCGCCACUGCAGAAGCGACGGAGGGUGACGAGGGCUUGCGAUGAGUGUCGACGGAAGAAGAUCAAGUGCGACGGCAAGCAGCCGUGUACCCAUUGCACGGUUUACAGCUACGACUGCACCUAUGAUCAGCCUUCGAACCGCCGGCGAAAUCCUGCCCCGCAGUAUAUCGAAGCACUCGAGAACCGGGUGCACAAGGCGGAGGCCAUUCUCCGCACCGUCAUCCCCGAUCUUGACAUCAACGACCCUCGCUUCGAUACCGUUGGCCAGGAAGAGCUGGUGGCGCGGAUCAGAGACCGGUUGAAGAUCUCCGACGACGCGGACUCGGCGGGACAGCAGCCAGCGGGCCACGAGCGGGGUGAGGAAUCGCUUCUGGAAUCGAUGGUCGAUAAUACGGGCCUGCUUGAUGUUGACGACCAAGGCCACUGGGAUUACCAUGGCCACUCGUCCGGGUUGAUAUUCAUGCGCCGUCUGCGGAAACAGUUUGGCAAUCUUCCCGACCCUCGACCCGAGGACCGGCCGACCACCAAGUUCCAGAACAUCUCCCACAUCCUCGAGGGCGCGAAAUCGUCCUCGGAAUCCCCAAUUGACUCCCAUCUGUCCCCGCUUCAUGACCUGCCGGACAGAGACGUUGCCCGCAAACUCUGUAUGAAUACCCUCGAGGAUGCCUGCUGUAUCAUGCCGUUGCUGCACAUGCCCAGCUUCUAUGUCAUGUUCGAUCGAAUAUAUGAUACCCCGCCGGAGAAUUUCUCCAACGAGGAGAACAGUUUCUUGCCCUUGCUAUAUCUUGUCCUCGCCGUGGGCUGUCUCUUUAGAGGGGUUGGCGAUUCUACAUUCGAUAAGUCGGGUUACGAGAGCGCAACGGAUCAAGGGUUUCGAUAUUUCAAAGCGGGGCGGCAGCUUCUUGACAUCACUGAAUGCCGUGACCUCACCUCUCUGCAAACUGUCUGCUUCAUGAUCCUAUUCCUCCAGUCGUCAGCAAAUAUCAGCACUUGCUACUCCUACAUUGGCAUUGCGCUGCGUGCGUCGCUUCGCCUUGGACUCCAUCGAUCCGUCUCGGCCAAUUUUAACCCUAUCGAGCUAGAAACUCGCAAAAGGGUAUUCUGGGUGGUGCGCAAGAUGGAUGUCCACGUCAGUACAAUCCUUGGUCUGCCAUCCAUGCUCAGCGAGGACGACAUCGAUCAAGAAUACCCGCAAGCCGUCGAUGAUGAGUUCAUCACCGCGGAGAGGAUUCUACCAGUCCCGCUGAACCAUAUCACUCUGAUGGCCGGGGUGAACGCCCACAUCCGUCUGGGUCGCAUUGUCAUGAAAGUGCUGAAGUAUAUCUACCCGAUCAAAAUCGCAAAUCAGAGCGCGAACCAUACGUACAUGGUGAGCCACUCGAAAAUUCGCGAACUCGAGCGUGAUUUGCAGGCGUGGCAUGAGGAUCUCCCCGAUUCAUUCAGACCCGGGGGGGAUGCCCCUCCGCAUAUUGAAAGGGUAAGGCAAUUACUUCGGAUAGGUUAUGCCCACGCGCAGAUGGUGAUGUAUCGGCCAUUCCUCCAUUAUGUCACCGGCAACUCCCAAGAGCGGAAAAUUGACAAACGGUCCUUUGCAUGUGCGGCUGCCUGUGUGAGUGUGGCGCGCAAUGUCGUUCACAUUACAGCUGGGAUGAAAGAGAAAAAGCUUCUCAACGGCUCCUACUGGUUCACGAUGUACACGACGUAUUUUGCGGUUUUGUCGCUCCUCUUUUUCAUCCUUGAAAACCCCGAGUCGGCUACUGUCAAGGAUGGCAUUUUGAAAGAUGCGCUUGAGGGCAAGAAUGCGCUUGCCGGACUUGCUAAGAAUAGCAUGGCUGCAGAUCGGUGUGCUCAGAGCUUAAACUCUAUUUUCAAACACCUGCCGGAGAAAUUGCAAAAUCGACGAAACACCCCGACGCCCUUGAAUAGGAAGCGUGCUCAACCUACACCACCACCAGCAUCGAGAACCAAGGGAACAAUGACUCCGCCACACUCUAACUCUGCUACUCCAUCGGAAAAUAUGGUCGUGCAGCCUCCCCAAAGAUCAAAAACAUUCCCUGUUCAUCUUGUGUCGAAGCAAGUGGGCCAAGCAAAGAUUCAGACAGUGGGGGCUAGUGUUGACGAUAAUCAUCAUUUCCAGGCCGCACGCUCGUGGAGGGUGAAUGAGCAGUCCCCUCUUGGUCUGUCUCAGGCUACUCCAUCAUCUGUUAAUGAUGAGGAUAUGCUUCGAAGUUCGUUGACGCCGUCGCCGUCGCCAAUCUCUGUCUCGCAGCAAUCGCUUUUGCCCGCUAAUCUCCAGCAGCAGAAUUAUCAGCAACAGCAACAGCAACAACAAGAACAACAAGAACAGCCACCUUCGGUGUCAUCGUCUGUGAAACAGGACACUUCAUUUUCUCCUCCCUUGGAUAGUAUGGCCUAUAUACCGGAUCUGAUGCCUAUGAUGUUCCCCUCCGACGACCCGUUCGCCUAUCCCACUCAACCCAUGUCGACGCUUGAAAACAACCAUUUCAAAGGCGAAUCCAACAUCGCGGGAGCGCAGUUUGGAUUCACAUCGUCCUCGUCCUCUGCAGAUCCAACAUCAGCGUCUACUCCAAUUCUAGACCCGUUCCACUGCUUCCAGUCCUUCAGCAGCAAUAACAACCAGGAUACAUCCGGUAGCACCGCCUCCUCAUUACCACCCCAUCUGAAACAGUUCCCCCAGCUUUCCACCCUUGGCGACCCAAUGGCAUCCGCAUCAUCGUCUACGUCACCCGGAGGCCUCUUACAAAGUCCCGAUCUCAUCUCGAUGUCGGAUGAGUCUUUCUUCUGGCAGGACCUAAAAUCACACCAGCUGUCACAACCUCAGCAUCCAUCAUCCCAGCAGCAGCAACAGCAGCAGCAGCAUCAUCCACAUGACAGCCGUGACCACCAUAUGUCAGGAACCCCCGGAUUCGGCAUGGGGAUGGGGAUGGGGAUGGGAGUGGCUGGUUUCGGCGGCCUCGGAAUGGGCAUGGGGAUGAAUAUGGGAGUUGAUUUGGAUGAUAUACUGGGCAAUAUAACUGCUGGCGCGGCCAACGAUGCUGCUGAUGGCGUAGAUACCGCGGGGCCAGAGGGGAAUAUCGAGUGGAGCCAGUGGACGGACACGGGAUUAUGA